UUGGCUUCUGCUGUUUCUAUCCACAGAAUCAAACUUUAGAAAAACAGACUUCUUCCACCUAUUUGAAAUGUUGAGAAACAAUUAGAGAGGCAGAAAGGGACUAAAAUCAGUAAAUUAUGCAGUCUUCAGCUCAAUUUCUUCAGCCUCCAUCAACCCCUCUUCCUCCUAAACAACUUCAAGCCACAACUAUUAGCAAAUGUAUCAAAUUUUCGCGUAGAGAACUUGCCAUCAGUACUAGUUCAUCCUUGCUUUUACUAUUAGGAUCCCAAGCUAUUGAGCCAUUGAAUCUAUCAAGGGCAAGAGCAGAUGAACUUCCUCCCGAUAAAACAGAACCAGAGCAAGAACCUUCAAGAAAAAUUGAAUAUUGUUCAAAUCAGAAUGUAACAAAGAGAGCAUUUCUUGAAGUAUCAGUUGAUGGGGAACCUAUAGGAAGGAUUGUUAUCGGGUUAUAUGGUGAUAGUGCCCCAUUUGGCUCAUCAAGGUUCAGUAAUCUUGUUAGUGGAGCAGCAGGAGUUAGUUAUAGAAGAAAAGAUUUUGUGAGGAUAAUGCCAAAUUAUGUACAACAUGGUGGAUUGAGAUCAUAUGGAGUGGAUGCUGAACUUGCCAAGAAUACUGGAAGAACAAUGGCAAUCGACAACCUCGUAGAUGAAUGGGAGAAACAGAGUGAAAUGUGCCAGGGCACCAAGAACGUAGCAACAAGUGUUAGCCUUAUUGUAAGAGACCCUUCAAAACCACCUCCAAAGAUGAAGCUGGUUGCUCGAGGAGGGAAGCUCGAAAUCGAUCAAGAAGAAGUGGGAAAAGAUGUGAAUGGAACAGAGUUUACUAUUGCCCUCAAAGACUCACCUGAGUUAGAUGCAUCUGCUUUAGUUAUUGGGAGUGUCUUGGAGGGGAUGGAUGUUGUUGAGAAACUUGGCCAAGUCAAAACUGUGAAAGAGAAUACAAGUUCUCCUUAUUUCAGGGCGGCCAAGUUGAUAGGAGAUAAAAGAGCUGUAGUUGCAGAGAGAGGCUUCAACAGACCUUACUCAAAGGUGAAAAUAACAAAUUGCGGCAUGAUGGAAUGAUCAAAGAUGCCGUUGAGAGAUUUUUGUCCUUCCAUUUCUGUUAAGAGGAAGAACUGCUCAAAUAAAAGUGUACAAAAUAAAUUCCUCCUGAAAUUUUUACCUCUCUUCAGAAAGCUUACAACAAUGGUAAUAAUGGUGUCUUCCCCUUGUUUA